AUGGCAAACGAACAGUAUAAAGCUAAAAAUUAUGAAAAUGCCAUUCGGCUAUACAGCCGUGCAAUUGAACUAGAUCAAACUUCACCUACAUUCUACACAAACCGUGCUGCUGCUUUGAUGAUGUUGAAAAAACCAAAGAUUGCACUUGAUGACUGUCAAAAAGCAUUACUUUUAGAUCCAACAUCGAUCAAAGCACUUCUUCGUGGUGCAAAAUGUAAUUUUACACUCGGUAAUCUUACAGAGGCGGAUCGGUGGUAUACCAAAGUUUUAAAUGCUGAACCUAACAAUAAACAAGCAAUUUCCGAAUAUCAACAAUUGCAAAAAGUGCAAAAUUCUAUUAACCAGGCUGAAUUUUGUUUACAAAAUGGACAAUAUGCCUUUGCAGCAAGUUUGAUUAAUAAUGUAUCUUCUUAUUUGGAUGAAAUUCCUACAAAAUGGAAAAUAAUGAAAGCUGAAACUUUACUGGAACAAAAUGAAUAUGGUGAAGCAAGCAGGAUAGCCAAUGAAAUACUGCGUGGAGAUCAGCAAAAUCCCGACGCACAUGUAUUAAGAGCUCGUAUAUUAUAUAUAGAAGGUGAUAAUCAAAAGGCCGCGGCUCAUUGUCAAGAAGCAUUACGUUGUGAUCCUGAUCAUUCAAAAGCAAGAAUUUUAUUAAAGUCACAAAAAAAUGCUGGUAACGAAGCUUUCAAAAAAGAAGAUUUCAAUAAAGCAUAUGAGAUUUACACUUUAGCACUUGAAAUUGAUCCUGAGAAUAAAAACACAAAUUCUAAACUCUACUCGAACCGAUCAGCUGUUUUAGUAAAACAGGGAAAACUUGUAGAGGCGAUAAAAGAUAUGGAUAAGGCAUUAGAGUUAGAUCCAGCGUUUGUUAAAGUUUUAAAACGACGAGCUGAUACCUAUAUGAAACUAGAAAAAUAUAGUGAAGCAGUACAAGAUUUAAAAGCUGCCUUAGAAAUUGAUAGUACUAAUCAGGAACUUCGUAGGGAAUUACAUAAUGCCGAGCGAGAAUUGAAAAAAGCAUCUCGUAAAGAUUAUUAUAAAAUCCUUGGAAUUUCAAAAUAUGCAUCCGAAAGUGACAUCAAAAAAGCUUAUCGAAAAGCAGCACUUCAACAUCAUCCGGAUAAAAAUUGUGGUGAUUCGGAGGCAGAAGUUAAAUUCAAAGAGAUUGGAGAGGCUUAUGCUAUUCUUAGUGAUCCCGUCAAAAAACAACGAUAUGAUUCUGGUGUAGAUCUUGAUGGACCUAAUUGUGGAAUGGACUUUGAUACCGUCGAUCCUAAUCUAUUCUUCCAAAUGUUUAUGAAUAGUGAUAACUUUUCUAACAUGGGUUCUGGUGGACCAAGAGGCGGGUUUCCUUCAGGUUUUGGUGGUGGGUUCCCUUCUUCACGAGAGUUUCCGAGGCAAAGGUCCAGCGGUUAUCACAGUUAUGGGAAUACGUUUCAUUCUUGA